AUGUUUAGAAGUAUAAAACAAGAACCAAAUGAAAAAUUUCAGAAAUUUUUAGUUCGUCUCAGACAGCAGGCAGAAAAAUGUGCUUUUGCGGACAUUAACGAAAACCUAAUCAGCCAAGUAGUAGAAAAAUGUUCUUCAGUUGCUUUGCGCAAGAAAAUAUUAAAAUCUGGGGACUCUAUGACAUUAGAUGAAAUAAAAGUGGAAGCAAACAUAAUUGAAGCUGUUGAGCGCCAAUUAGAAGAGUUUGGAACAAAAACUGAAAUACAGACAGUAAACAGGAUUGAAAAUGGCCUUAACAAGGGUAAUAAAAAAGGAUGUUCAAGAUGUGGGAGUUUUAAACACUAUGGGCGCGAUAAAGACUGCCCCGCUAGGAACAAGGAAUGUUUAAGGUGUGGAAUAAUGGGACAUUUUCGUAGGCAAUGUAGGACGAAACAUGGAAAUAAGAGGAAGCAAGAAAUUCCAGAUACUGGGCAGCAUUCUAGUAAGCCAAAAAGAUUUAAGGCAACAAAUAACGUCGUAGAUAUGGAUAGGGUCCAAGGAAACAGUAACAAUUAUAUUUUUAAUAUUGAUGGCGAUGCAACAGUAACAUGCAUAGUAGGGAACAUCGGAAUAGAAAUGUUAAUAGAUUCAGGCUGUAACCAGAAUCUAAUCACGGACAAAACAUGGGAACUUUUGAAACGAAAACAAGUACAUGUUACAAGCCAGAAUACAAAACCAAAUAAAAACUUUUUAGCGUAUGGAAGUGAAAAACCUUUGAAACUUUUAGGGUCUUUUGACGCUGCAAUCGAAUUUGCUGGUAUCCUUAGAAUCAAUAUUGGGAUAAACCAAGUGAAAGAGAAAGGAUUUCCGAAAUUCAAAGAUGUUUUAGUUGAAAUUCCUAUAGACGACUCUGUUAAACCCAUUUCUCAACCAUAUCGCAGGAUUCCUAUUCCUUUAGAGGACAAAGUUGACGCUAAAAUAAAAGAUCUUCUCAAUAAGGACAUCAUAGAGGAAGUACUUGAACCUUCGAACUGGGUUUCACCGAUUGUGCCUGUGCUCAAAGACAACGGAGAUGUUAGGAUUUGUGUGGACAUGCGGCGAGCGAACACAGCCAUCAAACGUGAGAACCAUCCUUUGCCAACGAUGAAUGAACUUUUGCCAAAAGUUUGUGAUGCUAAAGUUUUCAGUAAGCUUGACAUAAAAGAUGCUUUCCAUCAAAUAGAGUUACAUCCAAAUUCAAGACACAUCACCACUUUCAUCACUUCAAAAGGACUUUUUAGGUACAAACGAAUGAUGUUUGGCAUUACCUGUGCGCCAGAGAUUUUUCAAAAAUUAUUGGAAAGAAUACUUUUGAAAUGUGAUGGCGUUAUGAACUUCAUCGAUGACAUUUUGGUGUAUGGCAAGGACGAAACAGAGCAUCAUGAAAGAUUAAACAAUGUAAAGGAAGUCUUGCAACAAAACAAUGUUGUCCUAUGCGAAGAAAAAUGCGUUUACGGGUUGAAAAAGGUCCAGUUCCUUGGCCAUGAAUUAUCUGGAGAAGGUGUGAGGCCAUUAGAAAAGUAUAUUUCAGCUGUCAAGGAAUUUAGAGAACCUACAACCAUUGCAGAGUUACAGAGUUUUCUGGGACUUAUCAAUUUUAUUGGGAAGUGGAUUCCUCAUCUGGCAACUUUAUCCGAGCCAUUGAAAAUGUUGUUGCGACAGAAAAGUAAGAGGAAUUCAGAUAUUUCAGAAAACUGGGGAAAAAGUCAACAGACAGCUUUUGAUAGCUUAAAAGAUGCACUUGUUGACGUUCCCCAAUUAGGCUACUACAACCCUCAUGACAAGACUUUGGUAAUAGCGGAUGCUAGUCCAGUGGGGCUUGGAGUAGUUCUUGUCCAAAUCAAAGAAAAAGGACCACGGAUAAUUGCUUUUGGUAACAAAACUCUUAGUGAUUGUGAACGUCGAUACUGUCAGACGGAAAAGGAAGCUUUGGCAUUGGUGUGGGCGUGUGAACAUUUUGAUAUGUUCCUCUACGGUAAAGACUUCGUUUUAAUAACCGACCACAAGCCCCUAGAAACCAUAUUUGGACCGAAGACUAAAUCUUGUGCCCGUAUAGAGCGAUGGGUUCUGAGGCUACAGUCAUAUAGGUAUAAGGUAAAAUACAGUCCGGGUAAAGAUAAUGUGGCAGACCCACUGUCUAGACUAUGUAGGCUAGCAACAAAUCCAUCCACAAUUUAUGAAAGUUAUGUUCAUAGCGUUGUAGAACACUCACGACCAACUGCUGUAUCACUCCAAGAAAUUGAAGAAUGUUCCAAACAAGAUUCGGAGAUACAAAAAGUUAAAGAAGGCCUCUAUAGUGAAAGUUGGGAUGAAGCAGUCAAAAGCUAUAAAAUCUUCCAGAAUGAACUAUGUUUUUACGGUGACAUUUUACUGCGUGGAUCAAAAAUUGUGAUACCAAGUAAACUAAGAGAUAGGGUUCUCAAAGCUGCACAUGAGGGCCAUCCUGGCAUCGUGGCUAUGAAAAGCAGAUUAAGAACAAAAAUUUGGUGGCCGAAAUGCGAUAAAGACUCUGAAAAUCUUUGUAAAGCCUGCAAAGGGUGUACCCUAGUUUCUGCACCCAACCCACCUAAUCCACUAAAGCGCCGUGAAUUACCAACAGAACCCUGGAUUGAUGUAGCAAUCGAUUUGAUGGGACCACUGCCAAGUAACGAUUAUAUUUUUGUAAUCGUUGACUACUACAGUCGAUAUAAGGAGGUAAAAAUUUGUCGAACCAUAACAAGCUCAGUUAUCAUCGUGCUUUUAAAAGAGAUAUUCAGUCGUUUGGGAAAUCCUGUUUCCAUUACAGAAGACAAUGGUAAACAGUUCAUAAGUGCUGAAUUAAAUGAAUUUUGUAAAGAGCAAAACAUAAGAAUUUACCAUACGAUCCCCUACUUCUCCCAACAAAAUGGUGAAGUAGAGAGACAGAACAGGGACAUUCUUAAGAGAUUGAAGAUAAGUCAAGCUGAAAAGAAAGAUUGGAAGGAAGCCUUACGUGAAUACAUGAUAAUGUAUAACAGUACCCCCCAUACGGUAACAGGCAAAACACCAUCUGAAUUGUUUUUUAGUAGACAGUUCCGAGAUAAACUACCAAUGAUGAGAAACAUAACUUACAAUCCAAGAGACGAGGACAUAAGGGACAGGGAUAGAGAAUGUAAAGAAAAAGGUAAAGAGUAUGCGGAUCAGAAAAGGCGAGCUCAAGAUUGUGAUCUGCAAGUCGGUGAUAAGGUGUAUAUUAAAAACAUGAACAAAAGUAAUAAACUAAGUUUAAACUACGAGCCAACUUCACAUACAAUCGUGUCAAAUAAUAAUGGAGAUAUCGAAAUAAGAAAUGAUGAGACGGGAAAUAAAAUAAGACGGAAUGUGGUCCACCUAAAGAAGGUAGAAGGACAAUGGAAAGCUUUGGAUACAGAAAGCACAGAAGACGGAGAUGUUGUACGUGAACACUCAGAAUUAUCAGACAAAUCUAAUUAA